AUGGCCUACGGGCUACGGCUACCGCCAGGCCCAUGGCGGCUGCCGCUCAUCGGCAGCCUCCACCACCUGGUCGCAGCUCGCUCCCCCACAGUGCUUAAGGCGCCCCUCAUCUACCUCAAGCUCGGGGAGGUUCCCGUCGUCGUCGCGUCGUCCCCGGACGCCGCACGCGAGAUCAUGAAGACACACGACGUCAACUUCGCCACGCGCCCGUGGAGCCCGACGGUGAAGGUCCUGAUGGCCGACGGGGAGGGCUUGGUGUUCGCACGCUACGGUCCCGAGUGGCGGCAGCUCCGCAAGAUCAGCAUCCUGGAGCUGCUCAGCGCGCGCCGCGUGCAGUCGUUCCGCGGCGUCCAGGAGGAGGAGGUCGGCCGCCAUCGCGGGGUCUCCGCCGGGCGAGGCCGUGAACCUCAGCCAGAGGAUCGCCGUGCCCAUAAACGACAUGGCCGUGCGCUCCAUGAGAUCACCGCCGGGUUCAGCCUCGGUGACUUGUUCACGUCGUCGAGGCUGGCAAGCCUCAUCGGUGGCACAGCUCGUCGGGCGGCGGUUAACCGUCGAAAGAUGUUCGAGCUGAUGGACUACGUCAUCAAACAACACGAGGAGCUAGCAGAGGGCAGCCAUGGCCACAGCUACAGAGGGCAUUGUGAAGGAGGAUCUAGUGGACGCGCUUCUGAGGAUAUACAGAAGGAAGGUGGCCUGGAGGUGCCACUCACCAUGGGAAUGAUCAAGACCGUCAUCCUUGACCUUUUUGUAGCCGGGAGUGAGACGUCAGCCAGUACACUCCAAUGGGCCAUGUCAGAGCUGGUAAGCAACCCAGAAGUGAUGCAAAGGGCACAAGCCAAGGUACGCGAGAAGCUCCAGGGGAAGACAACGGUGACCGAAGACGACUUGAUCCACUUGAAGUACAUCAAGCUCGUCAUCAAAGAGACCCUACGGAUGCAUCCGGUGGUGCCGUACGUUGCUUCUGCCAAGGGAGUGUCGAGAGUCAUGCAAGGUCAUGGGUACUGGGAUGACGCCGCGACGUUCAAACCGGAGUGGUUUGAGGCCGGCACAGUUGAUUCCAAGGGUACCGACUUUGAAUACACGCCGUUCGGGGCAGGCCGGAGGAUUUGCCCGGGCAUGGCGUUUGCCCAGGCAAGCAUGGAGCUCGUGCUCGCAGCACUCUUGUACCAUUUUGACUGGAAGCUGCCUGGUGGGAUGCUGCCGAGCGAAGUGGACAUGACGGAGGAGAUGGGCAUCAACGUGCGAAGGAAGCACGACCUUUACCUGCAUCCAAUUGUCAGUGUGCCCACCACAUGCAUGAUAGAGUCAUACACUACUGUACCAUAG